AUGGAGUCUCACUACACGGUUCUGGGGGUGGCGACGACGGCGUCCGUGGCGCAGAUCAAGGAGGCGUACCGUCGCAAGCUGCUUUCCUCACACCCGGACAAGACCGGGACGCAGACUCAGGGCGACGAGAUAGCCAGAAUCACAGACGCUUAUCGGGUGCUGGUCGAUCCUAUAAAACGCCAGGAGUACGACGCCCUGCGGCAGGAAGAGCUCUCCAAGCUGGGCGUAGCGACCGGCGACGGCCUUGAAACAUACUCGCUGGACGACUUUGAAAUAAUAGACAACGACCACGAGCUGCGCUGGACCAAGAGCUGUCCGCGGUGCACCUACCCUGGCGGCUUCGAGCUCCACGAGGCCGAUCUUGACCAGGGGACCGUUCAGGAAGACGGCCAGUACGAGCUCAUAAUACAGUGCUGCAGCUGCAGUCUGUGGCUAGUGGUCAAGUACGCAGAAGAAGCAGACUGUUGA